CUGCAAAAAAAAUGGCUGCGGUGCAGUGGCGAUCCAGCGGGCGUAGCUACGAUGCCGAGCUGCAGAGAUGUCGUCCUGAGUUUGCUCCGUUGGAGUUUGGAGACUAUCAUCCCCUCAAAGCCAUCACGGUGACGGACACUAAGACUCGUCGUGGAGCUCGUAAAGGCAGCACCUCUUCCUCCUGCUCCUCCUCCUCUUCCUCCGUCCCCCCCGACCCCCUCAGCUCCCUGAUGGACGGCACUGACCCGCUGUCGAUGUUCGCCGCAGCCGAGACGCCCGCCAUCACACACAGCGCCUCCACAGGGGACCUGGGGAAGAAGAAGAAGGAGGAAGAGGCGGUGGGAGCAGACUUUGAGCCGUGGUCUCUGAAGAGAGGAGAGAUCCUGGCCAGGUUCACCACCACAGAGAAACUCUCCAUCAAUCUUUUCAUGGGAUCUGAUCGAGGGAAAGCUCCCAGUCCGGGAUCCUCCGCCGUGUCGGAGAAAGUUCGGACUCGUCUGGAGGAGCUGGACGACCUGGAGGAGGGUUCCCAGAAGGAGCUGCUGAACCUCUCUCAGCAGGAUUAUGCAAACCGCAUCGAGGAGCUGAACCAGUCUCUGAAGGAGGCGUGGUCCUCCGAUCAGAAGGUCAAAGCUCUGAAGAUCGUCAUCCAGUGCUCGAAGCUCCUCUCCGACACCUCAGUGAUCCAGUUCUACCCGAGCAAAUUCGUUCUCAUCACAGACAUCCUGGACACGUUUGGCCGGCUGGUGUUCGACAGAAUCUGGACGAUGUGUUCAGACCCUCGGACCCUUCCAGAGUCGUUCACCGUGGACGAUGUGAACGACACGGCGAAGGAGACGUGCCUCAACUGGUUCUUCAAGAUCGCCUCCAUCAGAGAGCUGCUGCCCAGACUAUAUGUAGAGGCUGCUAUUCUCAAGUGUAACCGCUUCCUGAACAAAAGUGGGAUUCAGGAGACCCUCCCCCGGCUGGCGGCCAUGAUCAGAGGGAUUGGAGACCCUCUGGUUGCAGCGUACGCCCGAGCCUACCUCUGCAGGGUGGGCAUGGAGGUGGCCCCCCAGCUGAAGGACAGCCUGAACAGGAACUUCUUCGACCUGCUGGGCUCCUUCAGGCAGAUCAGCAGCGAGAGCGUCCAGAACCAGCUGGUGCUGCAGAGGGUGGAGGUCCCAGAGUAUCUGACCCUCUACUCCCCCGCCAUCAACUGGAUCCUGCAGUGCAUCGCCUACAGAGCUCCAGAGCCUCUGCUCAUGGAGAUGAUGGAGAGAUGCAAGAAGCUGGGGAACAAUGCUUUGCUGCUGAACUCGGUGAUGAGGGCGUUCAGUGCGGAGUUUGUCGCAGCUCGAGCCACAGACUUCAUCGGGAUGAUCAAAGACUGCGACGAGGCCGGGUUCCCAAAGCACCUGUUGUUCGGCUCUCUGGGCCGCAGCGUGGCCUGUGCCGACCCUCCAGAGUCUGAGCGGCUCACCAUCCUGAACGAAGCCUGGAAGGUGGUCACUAAAGUCCGCAGCCCUCAGGAUUACAUCAACUGUGCUGAGAUCUGGGUGGAGUUCACCUGCCGACACUUCGCCAAACGUGAGGUGAACACGGUUCUGGCGGACAUCAUCAAACACAUGACUCCUGACCGGGCCUUUGAGGACGCUUAUCCUCAGCUGCAGUCAGUGAUCAGGAAGAUCCUCACCUACUUCCAGGACUUCUCCGUCCUCUUCUCCAUGGAGCGUUUCCUGCCGUUCCUCGACAUGUUCCAGAAGGACAGUGUGAGGGUGGAGGUGUGCAGAUCCAUCAUGGAGGUCUUCAUCAAAAACCAGGCGGAUCCGACCAGAGACCCAGUCAUCCUGAACGCCAUGCUGCACAUCUGCAAGACCAUGCACGACUCUGUCAAUGCUCUGACUCUGGAGGAUGAGAAGAGAUCUCUGUCCCUGCUCAUCAUCGGCUUCAUCCGCAUGGUUUCUUUUGGUCGUGACUUCGAGCAGCAGCUGAGUUUCUGUGUGGAGGCCAGAGCGUCGUUCUGUAACCUGGAGUCCGUGCUGGUGCAGCUCAUUCACACGGUGAACACGCUGGCCAUGGAGACCAGCAGCGUGAUGAGAGGGAAUCACUCCCGAAAAACAGCAGCCUUCGUCAGGGCGUGCGCGGCGUACAGCUUCAUCACCGUCCCGUCUCUCAGCAGCAUCUUCAGCCGCCUCAGCCUCUACCUGCUGUCGGGUCAGGUCGCUCUCGCCAACCAGUGUCUGUCCCAGGCGGAUGCGUUCCUGAAGGCAGCGGUCAGCCUCCUCCCAGAUGUUCCUCGCUCCAUCAGCGUUGAGGGGAAACUUCGCUCCUCUGAGAGCUUCCUGCUCGACUUCAUCAACAACUUCCUGUCUACGCUGCUGGUCGUCCCGGACCACCCGGAGCACGGUGUUCUGUACCUGGUGCGCGGGCUGCUCAACAUGGUGCAGGACUACAGCUGGGAGGAGAGCAGCGACGCCAAAGUCAGAGUUUACAUCAGCGCUCUGCCUCUGUUAGCAGCCAUGAGCCAGGAGAGCUACCUGUACUCCAUCCCUAAAGUGGACUCCAACGAGACCCUGUAUGGAGGAGACCCCAAGUUUCUGUCUGAGAUCAACAAGCUGUGUGAGACUCUGAUCGGACAGAUCCUGGAUCAGCUGAAGACGCUCGGCCGGGACGAGCAGAGCGCUCGUCGGCAGGCCUCCAUGGCCUUCUCUCUGUUCGGGGUGCUGCUGGCUCACGGAGAUCUGAGGAACAACAAGCUGAGUCAGCUGUUCGUCAACCUGUGGAACCUGAGCCAGAAGCAUGGACACAGUGAGACCAGAGUGUCUGUCAGGACUCUGGACUUCCUGAAGCUUCAGUCCCAGCAGGCGGACAUGUCUCACCUCUCAGAGACGGUGCAGCGCCUCGCUCUGCAGACUCGCACCUGAACAGGUCGCUGCAGCGAGGAAGUGUAAAUACCAGAUAUCAAGAAGAAGGAGAAGAAGAAGAAACGCCUUACUGUAUUUUGUGUGAGGACACUUUGUGAAUACUUAAUUUUACAUAUUUAGUUGGACCAAUAUAAACAGUAUUAAUGACUGAAGCUGUUCUCGUGCCAAAAUCCCUUGCUUUUGCAGUCAUUUACCAUAGAUCAAUAAAACUACUGAAACCUUAAAGAAAAGUA